UUUAGCCAAUUAUUGUUAUUAAAGGUAAAAAAUUAAAUUAAAAAUAUUACCCUUAUUUCUUAAAUACUCAUGCACACAUGUCACCGUGAACUUUCACACACCUUGCAUACAGUUGCGCCCCGGUACAACUUGUGGGCCUAUUGUACUCCUUAGCCGCCGGUUGUCAAGUGAAUCAAGCCAGUCAAAUCAGCUGUGUGUUGAUUGCGAUACGUUGCGAAAACAGUGUGUGUGUGUGUUUGUGUGUUUAAUUUAGAGCGGAAGCCAACAUGAAUCAGUGGAUUAAAGAGGAACUGUCCAAAUGCCUGCAGUUCGAUAUACCGAAAGAAUUAAUUGCCUACAUCUACACCAUCCAAACGGCGGACGAGAUCGAUGGCUACUUCCGCACACUGCUAGAUUACAACAAUCCACAGCAUACGGCGUUUAUGCGCGAGCUGAAAAUUAAGCUUGGUCAUGCCACCGCACCGGAGGCAGUAAAUACGAAGGCAGCCGCCCAAGGGCCGCCAACAACCGGCAAGGGCAAACAAGCUUCCGCCAAGCAACAGCAGCAAACCGAAUCAUCCAAAACAAUCAUUCCGGCCGCCAUCGUAUCGCCGACGGCUAAACGAUCGUCCGGCCAAGAGUCCGGCAAGAAGAAAACCAAGUACGUGAACCUGUACGGCCAGGAUGGUGAGUUGGCGGAUGUGGUGCUGCUGAAGGGACGCCAUCGCUGCGAUUGCCAGGCGUCAAAGCAUCGGUUAGUGAACAACUGCAUACACUGUGGCCGGAUCGUGUGCGAGCAGGAGGGCAGCGGGCCGUGCCUGUUCUGCGGCAGUCUCGUCUGUACCGAGCACGAGCAGCGCACGAUCGAAAGCUCCUCCCGGAAGGGUGACAGUCUGCGCCGCAGCCUGAUGGAACAGAACCGGCCGGCUGGAUGGGAGGAAGCAUUGGCGAUGCGGAACCGUUUGCUGGAGUACGAUCGAAACAGUGAAAAGCGCACCACGGUGAUCGAUGACGAGGCGGACUAUUUUAAAACACACUCGAUAUGGCUGUCGGACGCGGAGCGCAGGAAGCUGGCCCAGCUGGAGGAAGAGUUGCGCGAGAAGCGGCAUGCCAGCAGGCUCGCCCGCAAGGUGACACUCGAUUUCGCUGGCCGGCAGGUGCUGGACGAAGCGGUACUGUCGACGGAAGAUAUGGAGGAAAUCUUUCGCCAGGCGUCGUUGGUGGACGCACCGCAAACGGAACGGGGCAAGGAAAAUGAUGACCCCGGCUGGAUUGCGCACGAUAGCGACGAUGUACAUCCGACACUGUGCGGACCUGCACCAACGUUUAUUGACAGCACUGCCGGACCGCUUGCGUCGAGUGGGUUGCGCCCCGCUUCCGGUUACGACGGUGUUUACUCGCGCGUGCAAGAUAAAGAGUUUCUCGAAAUGUCCGACAUGCGUCACUGCUUGUCGAUGCACCAACCGUGGGCCUCGCUGCUGGUGGCCGGCAUUAAGCGGCACGAGGGUCGUACCUGGUACUCGUCGCAUCGCGGUAGGCUGUGGAUCGCAGCCACGGCGAAACCGGCCUGUCCGGAUACGGUGCGAGAGCUGGAACAUUUCUACCGCAAGCUGUACGAGGACGACACGAUCCAGUUUCCUACCCAGUACCCGUCCGGAUGUUUGCUCGGUUGCGUUUCGGUGCAGGAUUGCUUGCCGCAGGAGGAAUACCGCAAGCAACACCCGCACGGCGAAUCGGACAGCCCGUUCGUAUUUGUGUGUGAGGAACCGCAGGAACUACCGAUACGAUUCCCGGUCAAGGGUGAUCACAAGAUAUAUAUGCUGGAUUCCAAAAUACAUCAGGCCGCCGUUAAAGCGCUACAGCGGUUAGCGAAACAGAACAAACAGCUGGAUGGUUGAGCAACGUUCGCAGCUCUGGUAUUCAAAUUCAAUUUGGCCGUUAUGGUCUAUUACACGUGGGCGCUCGCUUUGAAGGGAUUGAGUGCAAUUUCGUUCGGUGUAUUGGUGAAAUCCUAAUUCGGAUUUGGAAAUUGCUCGACGAUACUGUGUUUCCGAUCUUCCGGACCUUAGCGACCACCCGGCCAUGUUGCCUAAAUAAUAAAGUGCUUAAAGUGCUCACAGAUUAGAAUCAUUUUUAUAUUAAUGUUAUCGUUUAUUACUACUAUUACUAUUCUUAUCGCUUGCUCGUCACUUGUCAUAAUAUUUCUACAUUUAAAAGAACACCAUAGCUGACCGCGGGCAGACAGAGAGGCAGCAGAGACUUACGAGCAUCGUGUGUCGCGCCAAGGUGGCACACAAUCAUGGUUGCGAGAAAAUUAAGGAUAAGGAGAUUCCAGGUGGAGAAGAAUCUUCCGACAAGCAGCAAACAACGUAAUUGGAGUGAGGAAAACGAAAAAAAAAACAAAAAAAUA